CCUCUCUCUACCAAAUAAAAAAGAAAUCAAUUUUCAGACACUUUCUUUUUUCUUUUUUUUUUUUCCUUACAUUUUUUUCUUAUUCAAGUCACAAUCUCAUUUCGUAAACACAGUUAAUUCUUAAAAACAAAUGUCGGUCGCGAACAACCUGAUCCAGCUCACGGAUGAGAGCACGCUUCGCAAGGCCCUCGAGAGCAAGAGCCAAGAGGUGGUUAUUUUCUUCUGGGCCGAAUGGGCCGAACAGUGCAAGCAGGUGGAGAGCGUCAUCGACGAGCUGGCAGCGAAAUACACAAAGACACAGUUCUUCAAGAUCGAGGCAGAGACCUUCAGCGAGAUCUCCGAGGCGUACGAGAUCUCGGCCGUGCCUACCACCAUUAUUGCCAAGAAGGCCAAGGUUCUCAAGAAAAUCGAUGGCGCUAAUAUCCCCGAGAUUGUUAAGGAGGUUGCCGACAGCUGCGCGGCUGCCAACGGUAUUGCCGGACAGACGGCCAGUGCCGCAUCACCAGUCGAGUUUAAGCAGGAUUUGAACACGCGGCUGAAGGAGCUUAUUGAGCGCGCGCCCGUGAUGGUGUUUAUCAAGGGCACAGCCGCCCAGCCGCGGUGCGGUUUCUCCAAGAAGAUUGUCAACAUGCUUAACGGGCAGAACAUUAAGUACGGGUACUUUGACAUCUUGACCGACGAGCAGGUGCGCCAGGGUCUUAAGGAGUACUCUAACUGGCCGACUUUCCCGCAGCUGUACAUUAGCGGCGAGCUGGUUGGUGGCGUGGACAUUGUCAGCGAGAUGAUUGAAUCCGACGAGCUGCUGGACAUGAUCCCUGAGGACUCGCUCGCAAAGUAAUGCAAUUUCUUUAGAG